AUGGAGGGACCUCCAGCCAAAAGAAGAAGAUUCUUCACAGAAAAAGCUGAGGGAUUGGAGUUUUCACAAGGGCAGGAGGCGAUAAAUGUACCAGACGAAAUCGACGCGCUGCCUCCAGCAAUUGAGAGUUCCACAAACGAGAUCGCAGAACAAGAUCCUCAAGAUGAUCCAGUCGCGGAGGAGAGAACUCUUGCUGAAGAUUCGCAGAAUUCAUUCGAUCAGAACACGUUCGAAAACUUCAUUGGCGACAAAGUUACUUUAGAAGAACUGAAGGGGCUACGAGAAGCGUCUGGAAAUGAUAUAGAGAGGGCUGUGAAUAUGUACUUUGAUGGAUCUUGGAGACGGUCUACAGUUGUUUCGGGACUCAAUCGAUCUUCGUCGAAUACCAAAAGCACCGUCAGUUCCUUUUUGAAGUCUGCCAAUAGCGGUUCUGUCAAUGGCUCCAAACCAGUCUCUCCAGAGUCAAACGCUUCGUCGAGACCAGUCUCACCGCAUAGAAUCAUGCCAGAAUACCGGUAUAUAGGAGCUUUCGGGGUUGGAGGAUGGGCUACAAAGAGUGGAACAAAUCUCAUCAAGCAUGGCGAAGUUGUACGGAUAGAACGUCAAAAGAUACAACCACCUAAAGCACCGGCCGGAAGAGGGAAAGGCAAAACAUCAGUGGCACAAUCAUUGCCAAAACCUAAUAGUGCAGCAGCACGGCGUGUCGAUGUCAUUGUACGUUUUACCGAUUCGAAAGGAUUUGAAGUUGGCCGUCUUCCUCGGGAAACCGCAAACUGGGUUUCUACCUUAAUUGAUCAAAGAAUAUGCAAGUUUGAGGGCACAUGUGUAUAUGCACCAGAAAGAAUUCGUACCAACGAUACUGUCUUUCUCCAACUCCGAUGCUCAUUAUUAAGGACUGCUUUCGAAGAUCGCGGUUUUCAGGCACCGGAUAAUCGAACUACUGGUUUUUUCGAAGAGAAAGAAAGUUCUGAAGAGAAGGAGUUAAGGCUACGCCAGGUUGCGUUGGUAAAAUUAUUUGAGGAGAUCAACCUGCUUCCCACGCAAACGAAUGAAGCAACAGCGAAACAUAAACGUCAGGGACUUCUUAGUGUCGCGGAGGCAGCUGAACAUUAUGAUAAGGACGAAUCGAAGGUUCCUGAUUCAGGUUCCUCGACUCCUCCAUCUGACGAAACAGAGGAGGGAAAAGAGCUUGAGCAAGAUCAACUUGACACUCUAUACAGCAAGGCUCAAUCACUUGAUUUCAAUGCUCCUGAGGCUGAGCCGGCAGAAAGUUUUGCGAUGGAUUUACGGCCGUAUCAAAAGCAAGCAUUAUAUUGGAUGAUGGCGAAGGAACGUGAUGAGAAAGACAAUAAGAGAGAGGCCUCAAUGCAUCCUUUGUGGGAAGAGUACGCUUGGCCUACGAAAGACAUGGAUGAUAAGGAGGUUAUUCAGGUAGUUGAUCAAGACAAAUUCUAUGUCAAUCCAUAUUCUGGAGCGCUUUCCUUGGAGUUUCCUCUUCAAGAACAACAUUGCCUUGGAGGUAUUCUUGCCGAUGAAAUGGGUCUAGGGAAGACUAUCGAGAUGAUGAGUCUUAUUCAUUCAAAUAAGUCUGCUGUGGCUAUUCAGCUCGACGAGAAACGUUCAAAGGCUACAUCUGUGAAUAAUUUACCUCGACUUCCAGCCAAUUCAUCAUCAGUAGAAAGAGCUCCUUGCACAACUCUUGUGGUGGCACCAAUGUCACUUCUUGCUCAAUGGCAAAGUGAAGCCGAAAAUGCCUCUAAGGAUGGAACUAUGAAGAGCAUUGUUUACUAUGGUAGUGAUAAAACUGCAAAUCUUCAAGCUCUUUGUUGUGAGGCUAAUGCGGCAUCGGCUCCCAAUGUUGUUGUUACGAGUUAUGGGGUUGUUUUAUCCGAAUAUAGUCAGGUUACUGCUAAACAUGGUGAUAGAGGCGGUCAUGGAGGUUUAUUCUCCCUUUCAUUCUUUCGAGUGAUUUUGGACGAAGCUCAUUAUAUUAAAAAUAGGCAGUCCAAAACUGCGAAAGCAUGCUAUGAAAUUGCCGCCGAGCAUCGAUGGGCACUUACUGGUACACCUAUCGUUAAUCGAUUAGAAGAUCUUUUCAGCUUGGUCCGAUUCCUAAGAGUAGAACCUUGGAGUAAUUUCUCCUUUUGGAAAACAUUUAUCACAAUACCCUUUGAAUCCAAAGAGUUUAUGCGUGCCCUGGAUGUCGUCCAGACAGUCCUUGAACCGUUGGUACUCCGUCGAACAAAAGACAUGAAAACACCAAGCGGUGAAGCCUUAGUUCCUCUACCAAAGAAGACUAUCGAUAUCGUCGAAAUCGAGCUAUCAGAAGCCGAACGCGAAGUGUAUGAUCACAUCUUCACAAGAGCAAAGCGCACUUUUUCAGCCAAUAUCGAAGCAGGCACAGUUCUCAAAGCCUAUACCAGUAUAUUCGCCCAAAUCCUCAGACUUCGCCAAUCAUGUUGUCAUCCAAUUUUAACCCGCAACCAAACCUUAGUAGCCGAUGAAGAAGAUGCCGCUGAAGCGGCAGACGCUGCAAGUGGUCUCUCAGACGACAUGGAUCUUCAAAACCUCAUCGAGCGGUUCAAGCUCAACGAAGAAGCUGUCGAUACCAACAUCUUCGGCGCCCACGUCCUCGAACAAAUUCGCGAUGAAGCCGAAAACGAAUGUCCCAUCUGCUCCGAAGAACCAAUGAUCGAACAAACUGUUACAGGAUGCUGGCAUUCAGCUUGUAAGAAAUGUUUACUAGAUUACAUCAAACAUCAAACCGACAAAGGCGAAUCGCCUCGCUGUUUUAGCUGUCGUGAACUCCUCAACUCACAUGAUAUAUUCGAAGCAGUAAAAGAUGAAGGUCAUCCGGAAAGCAAAAACGGAAAACCAAAAAUAAGUCUCCAGCGAAUCGGUUCAAACGGAUCCACUAAAAUUGCAGCUCUCUUAACCAACCUCAAAACUCUCCGCAAGGAAUCUCCAUCGACAAAAUCCGUCGUCUUCAGCCAAUUCACUUCCUUUCUCUCUCUAAUCGAACCUGCUCUAACUCGUUCCUCGAUCCCUUUCCUCCGUCUCGAUGGAUCCAUGGCCCAAAAAGCUCGAGCAGCAGUUCUUACACAAUUCAAAAAUAGUGAGAAAGGUGUAGUACUACUCCUUAGUUUGAGAGCGGGCGGUGUGGGUCUUAAUUUGACGAUGGCGAAGAGAGUUUUUAUGAUGGAUCCGUGGUGGAGUUUUGCGGUUGAGGCGCAGGCUAUUGAUCGUGUUCAUCGAAUGGGUCAAGUAGAUGAGGUGCUCGUUAAGAGGUUUAUUGUUAAGGGUAGUGUAGAGGAACGGAUGUUGAGGGUACAGGAGAGGAAAAAGUUUAUUGCAAGUUCGCUGGGUAUGAUGAGUGAUGAGGAAAAGAAAUUACAGCGAAUUGAGGAUAUUAAAGAACUCCUUUCUUAG